GUCAUUGUCUUCAGGCAGUGAAGGCACUCAGAGGACGGUCAGUCAGUGAGUGGAGAGACAGCAGAAGACUGGCUAUGAAGCUGUUACCUGUCCAUUCUGUCCUGUGUUCCGGUCUCCUUUUUUUGUGGACCUCACAAAGUGAGACAGAGGCCAACCACCCUGAUGUCUGUCAGGAUGAAAACUACAGUGAUGAUUUUGCCACGAUUUCUUUAGUGGAGGAUCAUCAUGUAGAGGAGGAUGCUGUGUAUGAUAACUACCGCUGCCUCCUUUACCCAACAAAUAUACUUAACUGCUCCUGGUCAUUCCACAAGUUACACGAGGAUACUCAGCUCUUUGUGUAUAUCAGUGUUUGUAAUGCUACAUUGACAUUUCGCCGCCUAAACCAUCCAGCUGUGGAAAGAGUUGGAUCAAUGCCUUUGGUUUUGCAAGAACUUGAGGGGACAAAUAUAGUCAUCCAGUUUAAUGUAUCCCUGCAUGAUAAGUGGACAGUCUACGGACACAAAUACGACAUUGAAAUGCUAGAGGUCCUGCCUCCACCCCACAUCAUCUCAGCAUCAGUGAAAGAUAAAGACUUGGUGGUGACUUGGGCUCUGCCCAAGAGUCGAGUGCGCCCUAACCCCCAGUGUUUUGAAUACCAGCUGGACAUGGGUGACCAGGAAAGACCCAGAAGGUUAAUCGGGCAGCUGUUCUACACAGAGUUGAAUGUGGAUCCUGAAUUCACCUACCGAGUGAGGUUGAGGACGAGGAUGGAGGAUAGAUGCCAAGAAAACGGUCAAUGGAGUGACUGGAGUCACACUGUCGAGGUGGAACCGUCUUCAGAUCCAGGCAAAAGUUACAAACACAGCACUUACGUGAUCAUCUCAAUUUCCCUUGGAAUACCCAUGAUCCUCCUGGCUGUGCUGCUGUUAGUGCGAUAUCAGAGAGUGACUAAGGUUUUGUUUCCUCCAAUUCCUCGCCCACCACCAAAGUACAUAUAUUUCUUGGAAAAAAAUGACGCAUUCAGUUUCCAUCCUCCCCCAUCAGCUGAGCCAGUUGAGGACAUUGUAGAGGUGGAAGACACAGAGGAAAACCUCGGAAAGACACUUUGAAAACAAUAUAGGAAGUAUGUUUUUAAAUUGGAAAUAAUAAUAAA